UAUCCUUGUUUCACAUUAAACAAUAAUCAGUAUUUAAAUGUUUAAACAUUUGAAGCGACUCAGCAUGAAAGGCGUAUCGGUUUGGAUUAGUGUGCAACACAUGUGUUACGUCGUUGUUAUCGGAUGAUUGUUGUAACUACUGGUUUGGGAGUUGUAUUGAAAUAUGGACAACUCUAAGAAGAUGCUAAGUUUAAAUGAAGUAAUUUUAUGCUGUGUGUGCUCUGUAGUGUGCAUUUCAGCAUCAUCAACCGUUACUUUACACGCGCAAAUAAUCGAAACAACACCAAGAGUAAAAUAUGAAUUUGUGUGCGUUUGGGCAUUUGACCCAUACGCUCCAGUCAAUGUGUACAGAAAAAAGAAGUCUGAAACUGAUUGGCAGAAUGUCUUGACGAUUUCUUAUCACGAGAAAGGUUGUUCUAUAAGACCUCCGUCUCAGCCUGAUGGUUUUAAUUGUGGAUGUUUAAUCCGUGGACGUACAGGUUGUAAUAUAACAAGCUCUCCGGAAAUCAGUGAAGACGUCGAAUGGAUGUGUGAAAUUCUUUUAAGACCAGUAAUAAAACAAAGCAAUAUUGUAACUGUAUCAAUAAAAGAUAUUAAUCAAAAUAAAGGACAGGAAUACGUUUUCUAUACAACGGAAAACCAAAGCGUUUUGCUUAAUUGUUCUGACGAUAAAUCAAUUUCAAAGAAAUCAACGCAAUCAAUCUCAGUGAACGAGGUUUUAGUACAGUCAUUUCGAAACGGAACGCAGUUUAACCGAAUCCAAAAGAGUGAGGACAAUGAACACUUUAAUGUUUCGUUUACAAGGAAUGAUAACGGCACCUUUAUGUCUUGCAUACGUGGGCUAAGGAUCAUAGCCCGAUGGACAAUCGUCGUGUUGUAUCCACCAACUGUUAUUGACAUGAAGGACAUCGCAAUUUCAGAGAAUAGAACAAUAAGCCAGGAAUGCAAGUAUAUACAUGGCAACCCAACACCGACAGAUAUAUCUUGGUGGGUAGGGAGUAAGUUACUUGUGCUGGGCAGUCAGCUGGCAAUAACUCAAGUUAGCAGACAGAGUGAUGGAAUAUACAGGUGUGAAGCCAUAAAUCGUUUUGAUCAAUAUGAAAUGCCAUAUAUUGGCAAAGGAUCGGGCAUGUUUCAACUCAAAGUCCAGUAUCCCGCAACAAUAAAACGUUUCCAUAUCAACGCAUUACCACAUAUUGUUCAAGUGACGCUGAUAGAAACGGAACAUGCAACAUUCCAAUGCAUCGGGGACGGAAAUCCUCAUCCAACACUUACGUUAAUAAAACAGCCAACAGAUGAACUAAAUGAGACAUUAACACAUACUUUUGAUGGAAUGAUCCUUCGUUAUGACAUUGCGGCUGUUAGCAGUAAACAUUCUGGCCAGUAUACCUGUGCAUCUUCCAACUCUUUUGGCGAGAAUGCCAGAACUCUGCAUUUAUACAUAAAACGUUUACAAGAACUUGGGAAUCUUAUGCACGGAAGAUCGAUGCUUAAAACGGAUACCUCAGUUAACCUGCAGUGGAUUCUUUCCGACGCUGGAACGCUAAAUAUAGUGCAAAACAAAACGUGUUAUGUUCUUUACAAGACUAGUAAAGACAUAGAUUGGCACACAAGUAUCAUAGAUAUAAAUGGGACGCUGAAUUUGACAAUACUAAAGCUGGAUCUUGAGCUGACGCACCUGCGCCCUGACAUUCAGUAUGAAGCUCAGUUGAUAGCAAGUUUUUCGUCUGGCAAUUACUCCAUCGCACCAACAUUGACGUUCAAGACAUUGUCGUUUUCGGAGGAGACUAAACUUUACAUAAUCGUUGCGGCUAUUGUCGGUUCGGUGCUUAGCAUGUGUAUCAUGGGCGCAACUCUGCGACUGUGUUUGAAAAGAUCACUAAGAAAUGAUGCACAUGGAGAGAUUGAAAACGUAUGGAUGAGCGCGCAAAAUAAUAUGGGCACUAUGAAUACGAUAGGAAAUGCACCCGGAAUCAUAUUAACACAAGAUGAAGACCAUUAUGAUUGUAUUGAUAUGAGUAAAAUACAUCCAAGCAUCGAUCCACAAGACGCUCACAGGGCUCAUAUUGAAUCAGUGCCUACUCAAAUUAUUGAUGGAACCAAUAUACGUGGUGAAAUAUGUUUGCAGACCAAAACGGCAAAUAAAGACGCGUAUGGCAUCCUGAUUCGCUCUAGAGACCCGGCUGAGGAGCAGUACAACUGUAUUGGAGAGGUUGUUGAAGAUAAAGUAAAAGAAUACAUGACUGAGUGCUGUCAUAGCAGUAGUUCGACAACCGAUUCGGCAAUCUCCGAAACAUGUUUACAGUAUUUAACAGUGAUUGACAACCUUCCGGUUCAACCAGAAAGUGAAUAUGAUGAUGUUGCGAACACUUCUAGACAACCACGUUCAUAGAUUUCAUGGCCCCUGUAAAACAACUUGGGUAUGUUGUUUUACGAUGGUGAGGAUUUUUUGAACGCGUAGCGUACAAACAGAUUCGCAGUGGAGACCUGGUAGUGUCUUGGUGAGCGUGUAGGACAUGGAAAGCUUACAACGUAUAUAGUGAGAACGAGAAAGGAAAACAGAAACAGUACGAUCCAAGUAUAUACUGCAUUAAGACCUGAUAGAGACUCAUAAGAAUUCAUGAUUGUAACGCUGACGUGUGCACUUCAGGUCGAUCUCUCGUUGUGUAUCUUCUACGCUUGAAAUUUGUUCAUUUGUCUACGUCGCGUUCACAAAAGACCUCAUCAACAAUGUCGCACAAUCUUCAUACGUUUAUCCAGAUCCUUAACCCGCUUUGUGCCUGAUUUAGAUUUUUAACUACAAAAGCAUUGUCCAUGCACUGUGUUAAUGAAAAGGUGAAGUAGUUGUGCAUAAACAUAUCGUUAAAAAUCACCUUUAAGAUUAUGCGUUAAAAAGAUACCGUGUUCUCUCUGACUGAAACAGAUACUGGUAGAAUAUAAAAUCGCAUCUGUUCUGCUAGCCAGAAAGUGACGCCAGCCGCGGAGAUGAUCGAGGGUUUUCUGGGUUGCUUAAUAGGAGAAAAAACUUUUUUAUAUCGUUUUAUGUUGCUUUUUGUUGUGUAUGUUUGUUGUGGGUUUUCUUGUGUUGGUGGUAUUUGUUUUUGUUGUUUUUUUUUAUCGGGGAAGGGUGAUGAACUUAAUUUUUCGACGCAAGUAUAAGAGGUCGACUUUUACCUGACAUGCUGUUGUUCUGCGCUUGAACUCGGAGUGUUUCCCAUCACCUGCUACCUAAUUAAGUUAUUGGAAUCGCCCAAGUUUUGAGCAAUAUUGAAUUGUUUUGUUCGUAUGUUGCGUGGUCUUGAGCUGUGGAAGGGGUGGGGCAGGAGUUCAGGAAUACGAUAAACAGCACAUAUGCCGAUUUUGUGUUAUGUUUAUCACAAGAUAAAACAAGAAGAACACGCAUCUGUUUACAAAAGUAUUAUUGUUUGCAUAAUUGUAUUGCAGUGAAGUCUACUUUGUUUUGUGCUUCUUGAACUAGGAUCUUUGACAACUGUUCUGAUUUCAUUCGUAUGACUAUAUGUAUACUAGCAUUACUAAUUUUGCGCUAUGAUUAUUGUUUAUUGUCAGAUAGCAAAAGUAAAUCAUUUCACAUGAGUAAA